GUCUUCAGGUGUUGUAUAAACGCUUCGAAAUUACAUCAGGAUAGACCUGCAAGGGAACACUUCUAUCAGUAUGAAUAUGCGGUGAUGGACAGACGUUUGUUUGAAAUCGUUAUUAUCGCAGGUUGUGGAGGCGCCACUCGAUUUUUUCUUCACAGGUACCGGUAGCAACGCAGAAUGUCUGCUACCAGCACAUUUGCUCCUCUGAUCCUCAAACGGUCAAGAAUUUUUCCCUCUUUCGCGUGUACCCGCUCACGACUGAAUGUAUGCUGGAAGUGUUCUUACAGGACAAAUGCCUGGAAUUUUAAGCUCGAAAAUCGAACUUUCAGCAGCUUGGAAAGACGAGAAAAACUUAACAGAUAUCCAUGCAGAGUGUUGCCGGGCUCUUUACGGAAUUUUGCCAGCGAAGAACAUGCUGAUAAAGGAACGGUAAUUGAGCCAGAGAACAAAAAGAAAAGACAACUGAAGAGUGAUGAUCUACUCCGUAUUCUGUCAUUGGCUAAACCAGAAUAUAAGAGCCUUGCAGGAGCCAUUGGCCUUUUGUUCAUAUCUUCAGCUGUGACUAUGUCUGUACCAUUUUGUAUGGGGAAGAUCAUUGACAUUAUUUACAGCACAAGCCAGGAUACGACACAAAUGGUUGAAACAUUGUCCUAUGUCUGCAAAAUUCUCUGUGGGGUGUUUGUUUUGGGUGGGACGGCCAAUUUUGGAAGAGUUUACUUGAUUCAAGUAUCUGGCCAGAAAGUUAUCAAGCGGCUUCGUGAAAGACUCUUUAAAGCCAUAUUAAAACAGGAAACAGCCUUUUUUGACAGAACAAGAACUGGAGAACUGAUCAAUCGCUUGUCAGCAGAUACCAUCCUUGUAGGGAAGGCUGUGACAGACAAUGUGUCUGAUGGUUUACGAGCUGUGGCCCAGUCAGUUGCUGGAGUGUCAAUGAUGUUUUAUGUGUCACCUAAGUUAGCUAGCAUUGUCCUUGGUAUUGUCCCACCAGUAGCUAUUGCCAUUAUUAUCUAUGGACGUUAUCUGCGUAACAUCACUAAGAGAACUCAAGACUCUUUAGCAGGAUCUACUCAGGUUGCAGAAGAAAGAAUAAGCAAUAUACGAACAGUGAGAGCAUUUGGACAGGAGAUGAAGGAAAUUGAAAGAUAUGCAGACAGUGUUGAAGAUGUUUUCAAGUUGGCAAAGAAAGAGGCACUUGCCAGAGCAGUGUUCUUUGGAUUUACAGGGCUGUCAGGUAAUGCCAUCAUGCUCUCUGUGUUGUAUAGUGGUGGCAUGAUGAUGACAAGCGCUCAGAUCUCUGUCGGUGAUCUUACAUCUUUUCUGCUCUAUGCCGGAUUUGUGGGAAUCUCAUUUGGGGGUGAGAAUAACCUUGCUCUUCUUUUUAUAGGCGGUUUACGUCCAGACAUGCAUGACCUAAAAAAUGGUAUUAUAUUUAAGGAUGUUCAUUUUACUUAUCCAUCACGCCCUGACAUGGAAAUAUUCCGUGGACUAAACCUAGAGGUACCUGCAGGGUCCAUCACAGCAGUUGUUGGACCAAGUGGAUCUGGAAAGAGUACCCUGGGGUCAUUACUGCUUCGUCUCUAUGACCCUGGAAAGGGGCAUGUUUUAGUUGGAGGACAAGAUGUACAAACUUUGUCACCUGAUUGGCUGAGAGGUGCAGUUGGAACUGUUCAUCAGGAACCUAUUUUGUUCUCAUGCUCAAUUGCGGAUAACAUUGCAUAUGGAGCUUAUACAGGUCAGCAAGUGACUAACGAUGACAUCCUAGAUGCUGCUGUGCAAGCGAAUGCUUAUGGGUUCAUCAAGAGCUUUCCUAAUGGAUUGGACACAGUUGUUGGAGAGAGAGGACAAAUGCUUUCAGGAGGCCAAAGGCAAAGGAUUGCUAUUGCAAGAGCAAUUUUGAAGAACCCCUCCAUAUUGCUCCUAGAUGAGGCUACAAGUGCCCUGGAUGCAGAAAGUGAACACUUGGUUCAAGAGGCGUUGGAGAGGUUAAUGACGGGUCGCACAGUCAUAACUAUUGCGCAUCGUCUGUCAACCAUUAAGAAUGCUGACAACAUUGUUGUAUUGAGUGAUGGACAAAUCUCUGAGGCUGGAUCCUAUAUGGAAUUAAUGGCCGAGCCAAAUGGUUUGUUUCGAAAGUUAGUUGAGAAGCAAACUAUUGCUCUUCAGUGAAGUAGGUGUCAGGGGCUCUUUGUUCAAGCACUAACUUAUAUCAUUUGUGACUUAUAUGGUGAAAAGUAGUGAUUUCUGAAAGAAAUCAAAUGAGAAAUGAUACCAAGAGUGAGUUCAGAUGAGUCAAAUAGACAAGACAAUUAAGCUUGGGCACAAUAUUAAAUUAUGUGUCCUUGGCUGCCCUUAUGCCAUUGGCCACCCAAAGGUGGUCUUGUUUCUUCUUUUAACCCUCUCAAUUCAAAGAUCUCCUUACUGUCUGCUAUACAAUUCUUAUGAUGUUGGUUUGGAGAAUUUGUUAGGGGAUCAACUAAUCAUCCCCUAAUUGAUAGUUUUCUUUAUUCUCAUCUUUUUUCUGCUUGAUAUUGUAUUCAUUUGAUAAUGUUAGGAGAAAUUCUGUCUUGGCUGCUCGUGUGAGUUUUAGGGUUAAUUGGAGUGCUAGUUUGUGAGUUUGUGAGUAAAUACUUCAAGUUGCAUCACUUAAGUAAUGUCUAAGUACAUGUUUUGAUUAAGAUAUGCUGUCAAAUAUCAACUUGGUUGAAUUGUCAUUUUGUCACCCAAACUGUCACUUUCCAUUGUGGUUUUAUUCUGUAAUGAUUUUUAUGAUUCAUGUUACUCUUAAAAAGAUAUAGAAGCAAGAAAUUCUUUAUUCAUUUUUUGUGAAUGUGUAUCUAAUCAAUCAAAAUAUGUUGGCACAAUAUCCGUGAGUGUAUUAAUUAAAAACAAAAAAAGUUAACUAGUAAAACUAUUUUUGAAUACUACUAUCUUCUAAUACAAAAUGAUGGUUAUCCCAAGGUUAAUAAUUGCAUCUCUGAUAUCAUGGAUUUGGACAUACACACAGCUUUGUAAAGAGAUGAAGAUUAAUACUCUAGAUAAGGAAUAUUUCACUUAAAAAGUUUGGAAAACAGGUCAGUUGACUGUGAAAGUAGCACUAUAGGGAAAAUGGGUGAGAUUUUAAAAUAAACAUUCUCCUCCUCAAUUUACUGUU